ACAACGAACAAGCUAGCGUGCACCCUUUCACACGCAGAAGCUUUUCCCCCACUUUCAAAACAUACUCGGUACCUCCAAUUGCAAACCAAAGCUUCAGACACGCUCACGUAGAACAGACGCAGGGCCUUUUAGAGAGAGAGAGAGAGAGAGAGAGAGAGUAUAUGUCCCCGGUGAUGGAGUUAGCAUCGUCCCAGGAGGGCCACGAGGAGAGCAACAACGAGCGGCUAGAUAUGAUUAACCACAUGGAUCCGAUGGCAGCGAGCUUGUCACUUCUGAGCGAGACUCUUUUGACGGCGGCAGUCUCUCUCAAGGACCAGGUGGUGCAAAUGACGUGGAGAGGACAACAGGGUAUGGGCAUGGGUAUGGACCCAACUGUGUACACGGGUCUGCUCGGGACAGCUGUCACCUGCUUGCGGUCGUACGAGACCACCGGUAGCCAGCAGGACUCUUUGUCCACCGAGAUUGUCGACGCGUGUGCUGUUGUCGCACGUGACUCCAGCAGGCACGUGACAUUUUUGUGCGGUAGAGGUGGAGUUUACGCCCUUGGAGCCGUGGUGGCCAACUACAGAGGGGACCAUCAGAGGCGAGACCUGUUUUCGAGUCUUUUUCUUGAGGUAGCACAAGAGAGAGCUCUCCCUGUUGGUCCUGAGGAGGGUGGUUUUGGGAUGUCAUAUGAUCUUCUUUACGGGCGAGCUGGGUUUUUAUGGGCUGCUUUAUUCCUAAACAAGCAUCUUGGAGAAGAAACAGUUCCCAGAGAACUUCUCAUGCCUGUUGUUGAUGCUGUGUUAGCAGGGGGCAGAGCAGGGGCAUCUGAUAACACUGCCUGCCCACUGAUGUACAGAUGGCAUGGGACAAGGUACUGGGGUGCAGCCAAUGGCCUAGCUGGAAUCUUGCAAGUGCUUCUCCACUUUCCCCUUCCCAGAGAGGAUGUGGAGGACGUUAAGGGGACUUUGAGGUAUAUGAUGAGUAAUCGGUUCCCUCACAGUGGAAAUUACCCCUCAAGUGAAGGGAAUCCAAGGGACAAGUUGGUGCAAUGGUCCCAUGGUGCCACUGGCAUGGCCAUAACCCUGUGCAAGGCAUCAGGGGUGUUUCCAGACGAUAGAGAAUUCCGCGACGCUGCAAUAGAAGCCGGUGAAGUAGUGUGGAAAAAUGGGCUGGUGAAGAAGGUAGGGCUUGCGGAUGGUGUGGCAGGAAAUGCUUACGCCUUCCUUUCCCUCUAUCGAUUGACAGGAGAGAGCAUAUACAAGGAGAGAGCAAAGGCUUUUGCUAGCUCCUUGUAUCAUAAUGCUAGAAAGCUAAUGACCGUGGGGAACAGUCGCGGGGCCGACCACGGUUACUCGCUAUUCCAAGGACUUGCUGGAACUGCUUGCCUCUGGUUUGAUCUGCUUGCACCUGAAAACUCCAGGUUCCCAGGAUAUGAAAUGUAGGAUAUAAAAAAUGCGGAAAUCUAAAUUAAUAUGGAGUAAUCAAACAUUUGUACGUAUAUGAAGUGUGAACGCAUACCUUUGGCUUAGCGUUAUAUUGUGUGUGUGAUAUAUAUAUACACUUACGUUCAUGGACUUUAUGUCAUUGAGAUGCAAUAAUCGAGUUAGAUCUUAUUUUAUAA